GAAGCGAGAUGCGGCACGUCGAUCGACAUAGACGACUUCAUAAUUUCACUGCCAGUGAAAGAGAUGAACGACCUCUACGUGGCGAUUUGUCGCGGUGACGAUGACCGUGCGCACAACUUUAUCUGGAUGAUGCGUUGGCAGGAGACGUGCAUGGAGCUGUCUGAGAUCACGCGACCGCAAAUUCGGGCACGUCUAAAAUGUAUAAACUCCAACUUGUUGCGGUAUCGCGAGGAGCAAGACGAACAUAUCGAGCGCUUUAUCGCGAUGGAGGCGGACCCUUCCACACCACACGACACCCUCAUGAACCAUUGUAAGGAAGGCCUUGACUUGCAGAAACGCUACAACAUA